CGGGCGACGGCCAGCAGAGGGCGUGGCUUGUGGGCGUGGCCGGGUGGGGCUUGUGGGUGUGGCGAUGCGCUAGGGGCGUGGCAAGGGAGGCGAUAUAUAGGGGCGCGCGGCGCGGCGCGGCAGUAGCAGAAGGAGCCGAGCUGCGGCUGCCGGGCGCGCACGUCGCGGGGGUGUGAGCAGCGCAGCCCUCCCCCCCUUUCCCUCCCCCCCUUUUUUUUUCCAACCCUCCCCCUCCCUUUUUUUUUUUUUUUUCUUCAAUCUUCUUCUUUCCUUUCCCCUCCCAUCCUCCGGGAGCCGGUUCGUUCGGAGAGAUGAUGGGGGCCGGGUGCUGAGCCGCACCCCCCCGCCCCCCCCCCAACACCCCCGUACCCUUACAGCACUCACACCCCCGCCGGGACUGUUUGCACUACCCCGCACACCCACCCGGGAACAAGAACACUCAAGGUGAAGGAUAAUAAUCUACUAGAAUCAGCACUUUGAAUGAAAUUUUGUUUCCCUGUGGCAUCUUGAACACUUUCUUCGUGUUUUGAAACAGACUUAAACCUUUGUGGCAUAGCAGCUAUGCAGCUUGAAAUCCAAGUAGCACUCAAUUUUAUUAUUUCAUAUUUGUACAAUAAGCUUCCCAGACGACGUGUCAACAUUUUUGGUGAAGAGCUUGAAAGACUUCUCAAGAAGAAGUAUGAAGGGCACUGGUAUCCAGAAAAGCCAUACAAAGGAUCAGGGUUUAGAUGUAUACAUAUAGGGGAGAAAGUGGACCCAGUCAUAGAACAAGCAUCCAAAGAGAGUGGUUUGGACAUUGAUGAUGUUCGUGGCAACUUGCCUCAGGAUCUUAGUGUUUGGAUUGACCCAUUUGAGGUUUCAUACCAAAUCGGUGAAAAGGGACCAGUGAAAGUGCUUUAUGUGGAUGAUAAUGAAAAUGGAUGUGAGUUGGAUAAGGAAAUCAAGAACAGCUUUAACCCAGAGGCCCAGGUGUUCAUGCCAAUUAGUGACCCAGCAUCUUCAGUGUCUAGUUCUCCUUCUCCUCCCUUUGGUCACUCUGCUGCUGUGAGCCCAACUUUCAUGCCCCGCUCCACUCAGCCUUUAACCUUCACCACUGCCACAUUUGCUGCCACCAAGUUUGGCUCGACCAAAAUGAAGAAUAGCGGCCGUAGCAACAAGGUCGCCCGCACUUCUCCCACCAACCUUGGCUUGAAUGUCAAUGACCUGUUGAAGCAGAAAGCCCUUUCCUCCUCCAUGCACUCUCUCUACGGGCUUGGCUUAGGCAGUCAGCAGCAGCAGCAACAGCAACAGCAGAAGACUUCUGCCCUUUCUCCUAACGCAAAGGAGUUCAUUUUCCCCAACAUGCAGGGUCAAGGUAGUACCAGUAGCAUAUUUCCUGGUGACAGCCCCCUUAACCUCAGUCCUCUCCAGUACAGUAAUGCCUUUGAUAUGUUUGCAGCCUAUGGAGGUCUAAAUGAGAAGUCUUUUGUGGAUGGCUUGAAUUUUAGUUUAAACAACAUGCAGUAUUCUAACCAGCAAUUCCAGCCAGUUAUGGCUAACUAAAAAUAAAACAGAAGUGACAUACAAGUAAAUACUAUUGUACAAGUUAAAAUGCACGUACCCAAGGGUGUAUCUUUUUUUUCCACCUCUUGAGAUUUUUUUUAAGGCUUGUAGUAUGAAUACAUUCAAGCUUGGUUAGAUAAAUACAACAUGCAUCAUUUUUUCAUUUGCCAACCAAGCACAAAAUUAUUUUAUACUGAAAUGUACAUUACGAAAAUAUACUCUCAAAAUAUGGCCUCUUACAGUAUUUAAGAUAUAGCAAGGACAUGGCUGAUUUUUUUCAUGUGUAUAUAUAUAUAUAUGUGCACAAACAUAUAUGUAUAUAUAUAUUUCAGAAAAUUGGCACUAAUAAGUGGGUUUAUUGGUCUUUUUCUAAUUGUAUAAUUUAAUUUAGUACAAAGUUUGUAAAAUAUCAGAGUAUAUAUAUUGUUUCUACAACAUGGUAUUGCAUUUAUAUCUUUUUACUACAGUGAUCUGUGACAGCUGCAGCAGCUUCAUGUUGUAUUUUUUUUACUGAAAUUGUAAGAUAUCCAUCUUAAAGACAUCAAUUCUAAAAAAAAGUUGUGUACAGAAUAUUCCUUAGUGGUGGAAUUAAAAUGUACGAAAUAUUUGCUUUUUUCAAAAGAAACACAAAUUGUAUUUUCUGUUAAAAGUUUAAAGAUUUUUGCUAUAUAUUAUGGAAGAAAAUGUAAUCGUAAAUAUUAAUUUUGUACCUACAUUGUGCAAUACUUGAAAAAAGGUAUAAAAGUAUUUUGAGUCAGUGUCUUACAUGUUAAGAGGGACUGAAAUAGUUUAUAUUAAGUUUGUAUUAAAAUUCUUUAAAAUUAA